GGGAAUUUAAUAUAUCGAAUAAUAAUUAGGAAACACCUAUGAUUAAAAAUGAAGAGGCAAAGCGGCAAUGAUGGGAAAUGUGAUGAGGUUAAUAAGAAAGUGAGUAGGAAAAAGAGCAAAGGCGUGGCGGCGAGCGACACGAAACAAGUGGCGGUGGAGAAGGCGGAGGAGGAGGAGCGGAAGGAGGUGGAGGAGGAGUGGUGGAGUGGGGUGUAUGAGGAGAUGCCAUGGGCCACCAGUUGGAUCCCAUUUUGGGAGGUCGAGGCCUAUGAUGCUUUAUAUGGUGAUGUUUUGUGGGAUUUUGAUAUUUGGGAUUUCAAUGGACUUCCUCUCAAUCCAUCUUAAUUUUCUUCUGUAUUUUGCUUAUGUACUCUCUGCAAAAUGUUUACUAAGUAGUUCGCUCUUCCUUGAUGGAAUAUAUGUACAUUUAGGGCUCGUUUAGUUAUAUGGUCUGGAUGUUAAUUUCA